GUUAGUUACCCGCUAAGUUCACGCCGGCACCGAUACGAUGCUCGUCGGCGGGAACCUGCCCGCGGCAGAUCGCAGAAACUAGAGCGAGCGUGCGACGGCGUCGUGUACCCUCUCGACCGUGCACCUCCUUUCGCGCCCGCCAUGAUGGCGACGGCAGCGCAGCCCGAGCAGCCGGACCUGGGCGGACUGGUGGACGCGCUCUGCGCGUCCGGCCGCUCCGCCGAGGCGCACCACCGCGUCGCGCUCCUCCUCUCCUCCGCAUCCGCGUCGCGCCGCCUCGACGCGCCCACCGCCAACGGCCUCCUCGCCCGCCUCCUCCGCGCGCGCACGCCCCUCCUCACGCUCCGCCUCGUCCAGGCCGCCCCGUUCGUGCCCUCCCUCCGCAACUACAACCGCCUCCUCGCCCUUCUCUCCUCCGCCGCCGCUCCCUGGCUCCUCCUCGCCCACCGCCUCCUCCUCCGCAUGCGCGUGCCUCCGAGCGCCGUCUCCUACGCCGCGCUGCUGGACGGCUACGCGUGCGCCGCGGACCCUCGCGCCGCCCAGAAGCUGCUCGACGAAAUGCCCCGCUGGGGGCUGGCUCCCAGCUCCCUCGCGCGCACCUUCCUCGUCAAGGCCUUCCUCCGCAGCCGCGACGUCGGCGCGGCCAUGGACCUCGUCGACAACCAGCUCUGGCCCAGCAUGGAGCGCUGCCACGACGAGGACCAGGGGCUCAAGAACGCGGCGUUUGCCAACCUUGUGCAGUGCCUGUGCGGCGAGGGCUUCUUCCACAUUGUCUUCCGCGUCGCCGAGGAGAUGCCGCAGCGGCGCUGCUUCGUCCCAGACGAGUUUGCCUAUGCCCAGAUGAUUGACUCUCUCUGCCGGGCUGGACAGCACCAUGGCGCCUCCAGAAUAGUGUACAUCAUGGGGAAGAGGGGCCUGUGCCCAAGCACCCUGUCCUACAACUGCAUUGUUCACGGGCUAUGCACCAGCCAGAAGCCCGGGGGACGCCUGAGGGCGUACCAGCUGGUGAUGGAAGGUGUGCGCUCCGGGUACCGACCGAGAGAGGUAACAUACAAGGUACUCGUCGAAGAGCUCUGCCGGGAGAAAGAGGUUGCUAAGGCCAAGGAUGUCCUGGAGCUGAUGCUGCAGCCCCAAUGUGGGCAUGACAAACCUGACGAGGAGACCAGGACUAGGCUAUACAAUAUGUUCCUUGGGGCACUGCGUGCUGUGGACAACCCAAGCGAGCAGCUCGGUGUGCUUGUGUCCAUGUUGCAGGGGGACUGCAAACCGGAUGUGAUCACUAUGAACACUGUCAUUCAUGGCUUCUGCAAAGUUGGGCGUACCCAGGAGGCUAGAAAGAUUUUGGACGACAUGAUUAAUGGGAAAUUCUGUGCUCCUGAUGUUGUCACCUUCACCACACUCAUCUCUGGAUACCUGGAUGUAGGUGAGCAUGCAGAAGCCCUCCAUGUGCUGCACACUUUGAUGCCCAGGCGCCGGUGCUCCCCUAAUGUUGUCACUUACAAUUCGGUCCUCAAGGGAUUGUUCUGCCUUGGGCUAGUUGACAGAGCAAUGCAGGUCCUCGACGAAAUGAAAUCAAGUAGCAUCACUGCCGACUCUGUGAGUCACACUGUGGUGAUCAAAGGGUUGUGCGACGCGGGGCAGCUUGAGAAGGCAAAGGCAUUCUGGGAUAAUGUGGUCUGGCCAUCAGGGAUACAUGAUGGUUAUGUGUACAGUGCAAUCUUGAGAGGCCUCUGCAAACUGGGGAAACUGGAGCAGGCAUGCGAUUUCCUGUAUGAGUUGGCAGACUCUGGGGUUUGUCCCAGUGUUGUCUGCUACAACAUACUCAUUGACACUGCCUGCAAGCAGGGAUUGAAGAAGUUGGCCUAUCAAUUGGUGAAGGAGAUGAGAAGGAAUGGCCUUUCACCGGAUGCUGUGACUUGGAGGAUUCUUGAGAAAUUGCACCUUUAUGGCAAUGAAGAUCAAGAGGAGGAGCAUCAGGUCCCCAGUUUUCAUGCCGAUCAAAGUUCUGCAGAUGACAGAGUAGAGCCUAUCGUCUCGACAAAAAAUGAGAUGCCUUCGUUAUCAUCGUCAUCAUCGUCAGAAUAUUUGGAUGAAGUGUACAAGAAUAACAACGAAGCUAAGGUUGAAGAAGCUGGAAGGUCACCAGAAAUGACUGAGAACCCAUCAGAUCUUACUGAUCCAGCAAAAGAGCAGAACUAUCUGAUAGACAAUUCAGUGGUUGGACCAUCAAUGGACAAGGAUCAUACAAUCAGUGAGGAUGGCUUCAACAAGCAGGAUGAGCAACCUCUAAGAGAACCACUUUCUGGAGUAGCCAGAAGGGUUUUUGGCUUGCUCUAGAACAAGAACAAGUGUUGCUGUUCAGAAGGGGCACAUACUUUUAAAAAAAAAAAGGGCACAUAUUAGAACAUUGUGCAAUGAAGGCUAAUUUUUUAUUGUUAUUUUGGACCUGUCAAAGAAGGCCGAGUUAGUGACAAAGACAAAGCUGGUAACCUGUCCACCUAUUGGAGAAUAAGGCUUGAGCUUAACUGACACGACUGAUUUUUGGCUGCACUUGACAUAAGCUUGUCGAUAACAAAUCUGGCAUGUUUUAUUAGUGCAUCUCUACUCAGUACUCACCCAACAACUGAAAUCCAUACUUUUGCAGAAACCGAUGGAGAGUAAAGAACACUGCAUGUAGUGUCUUCAGGUCGCUCCAGUUCUGCAAUUGCUCGCCACUGUCAGGUCUUGUUGUAUUUGUGAUGCAUAUGAAGAUACUUGGGAGCAUGCUCUACUUUAUUCUACAAUGUCUAAGUGCACCUGAGCUCUUUUGGAUGAAGAUCUCAUGGAAAUGCUUGCAAGCCUGUGAAUGACUGAUCCAAGACAUUGGGGUUUCCUUAUAUGUAACAGCAUGUCACAGGGUGAGACGGCCAAGGUACUUAUCAUUUCAUGGGUGGUAUUGUUGGUGCGUCGCAAUGCUGCUAGCCUGGAGUUCAUCUAUGAAGAACGGUUCGCUUCUGGUGAUGGCGGAGCUCUAAACACAGGAUUAGGGGAUGGAUCUUGCUGGGUCCAGGGGAGGUGAUACUGAACGCUGACACUGCUCUUCUCUGAGGCGAUUACAUGGCAGCGGACAGCUGUCUGCCGCGACCAAAAGAGCCUGAUAUAAUGGAAACUAUGGAGACGAACAGGUGCUCUUACAUGAUGGUGAUCCAAGACAUGAAGAACCGUGCACAGGUUGGACACGGUAGGUAGGGAUACAGAGGUAGCAGCUCACAGCUUAGCAUUGCUCGCUUGUACUCUGGGUGUUGAUCGCCAUAUAUGGAAGGUAAUAAGCUGCGCUUUAAUGCUGGAUGAAGUAACUUUUUAGUAAGUAUUAGAAAUGGAAAAUAUAUAUAGGCACCGAAUUGCUCCAUGCUGAUGGAGGGUUUAGCUGCCGCUACCCGUCAUCCAGCAUCAGUCGGAAAUGAGGAUGCAGAUCUGGGGGUCAGGUCGCAUGAGCAAGCGAAACCAUCGUAACCUUGCUGGUUCCUUGCGAUAUUGUGGCGGAGAUCAUCCUUUGCGUAAACGCGGCCACGACGAGGAAUGGCGAGAUUGACCGAACCUGCCGACGGUGCUCCUUGACGAUAUCGCUGGUCGGCUUCUCCUCUACGACGUGGCCGAGUACAUCCGCCUCCGUGCUGCGUGCAAGGAGUGGAGGAACUGCACCGAUGAUCCACGCGCGGGAGGCGGCCUGGACUGCCGCUUCCGCCCCCGACGCUGGAUCAUGCUGUCCAACCGCACCGAGGGCGACGGCCGUCGCUUUCUCAACGACUCCACCGGUGCCAGCGCAUGUGUCGAUCUCCCGGAGCUCUCCCGCCACCACCUUGAGACCAGCACCGAGGGCCUUCUGCUCCUGCGCGGCAAGGCGAGCCACGCUGUGCGCCUCUUCAACCUGCUCACCAGGGCCUUCACCAACCUCCCGCCCAUCACCCCGGACCUCGGCAGAGCGUACAUUGUCUGGACGGGGCUGUUGGAGUCCUCGGAGCGCCUCAUCUACACUGGCAUCUCUGAAGAGACCUCCCCAGCGUCGGUUGUGCUCCUGAUGAUUGACCGUGGGCGUGCCAUAGUCUACGCCAAGCCUGGCGACCAGCGGUGGGCUGUGAUUGAGCAUGACGAGAUCGGGAGACCCAAUCGCUACGCAUCAUAUCGGCUAUCGUCGGCGUCAACCCUACAGGGGCGCUUCUACUUUGCGACUCUUGAGGGGAAUAUAAUGCAUGUGAGGCUCUGCCCUGAGCCUCAGUUGGUGCCGAUAGUCGUGAACCAGCCCAAAACCAGGGGAGAAGUGUCCUCCUACCUUGUCCCUCCCGACGACCACCGCUGCGGCGGCAUGCUCAUGGUGCGCUACUACCUCGACCUUGAUCACCUCAGCGCUGACGAGCGGAGAAUCAUGGCGCGCAGGAGGAAGCGCAUGGAUGCAAUCAGGGUGGAGAACAGGUUGAAGGAGUGCCGGUGGAACCUGAUCCAGGUGUUCGAGGUGAAUGUGGCCGGAAAGAGGCUCGUCCCGGUGGAGGACAUUGGCCGCCACCGUGCGGUGUUUGUCGGGGAGGCGGCAUGCUUCUCCCUCUCUGCCAGGACGUUUCCGUGCGUGGCUGGGAAUGCGGUGCACCUGGGGGCGACCGGUGCCCGCUACCCUCCCGUCGGCGUGCGGUAUCUGGCGGACAAGAGUGCGGAUCCACCGUUUGAGUUCACCACUGACGGGCCAGCUUCUCCAGAUGAACCACUGAAAUGGUACCACCGACAUAACAGGCCAGAGCUGAAUCUUUUUCUUGACACUGGACCAGAGCUGAAUCUAGUGCCUCUUGCUCGCCCCUGUACCCUGCAAGAGUACCUCGUCUGGCUGAAUCUAGUGCCUCUUGCUCGCCCCUGUACCCUGCAAGAGUACCUCGUCUGUUGCGCAGGCCUCCCUGGCGGCCUCAAGGACUAAUCAAAUCCUCAGCAAGUUCGGUAUGUCGUCUGUCCGUUCUUGGAUUGUGUGUUCUUGAGAAGUUUAUUUAAACAUCAAUUAUGUUCAAUGCUAUAGCUCCUCGGUUCAUUUCUCCC